UUGACAUAAAUGGCUAUAGGCUUUUGACUUUUAAGGGAUUAAUAAUUUUUUGUGUUUGUUGUUGUGAUAGGAAGUUGUAAAAGACUAUAUUAUGUUUUGAUACUCUGUAUAUAUUUCAAUAAUAUGAACAGUGAAUGAAAUUGCAACAAGAAAUGUCAAAUUGACAAUUGUUUUUCUUCGUUACAAUUAUUUAUACAUACGUUCUACACACUAAUCGUAAUCACCUGAUUCAAAAUUAUUUGCAUGAAUACCAAUAAAAGUAUUGGAACAGAUAAGACCAGCACAUUCGGUCACAAUUGAAGCUAAUGCAAAAAACUACACCAACUUUUGGCCACGUCAUUUCAACUUUUAAUUAGAAGUUAAUAUUCAAGUCUUAUAUGAAAUGGCAUCAGGUAUAGAAAAAAGUAUCAAAGACUCCACUGGGGACGGAAGUCAAAAUUCGAACACCAAAGAUGACGAAAGAAAGGAUGAUUCUAUGUUUGAAUGUAAUAUAUGUUUGGAUACUGCUAGAGACGCAGUAGUUAGUAUGUGCGGCCAUCUGUUUUGCUGGCCUUGUUUGCAUCAAUGGUUAGAGACCAGACCUAAUAAGCAAGUAUGUCCAGUUUGUAAAGCUGCUAUCAGUAAAGAAAAAGUUGUGCCGUUAUAUGGAAGGGGCAGUACAAAACAGGAAGACCCAAGGGAAAAAGUACCACCUCGACCAGCUGGACAAAGAACGGAACCUGAACCUGGUAUCAACUUUCCUGGUAAUUUCUUGAAAUAUAUAUAUAUCUUACAAUAUAUUAUAUCACUUAUUGUCAAUAACAACUCAUUUGAAGCUGUUGAGUCAAUUGAGUAUUUAGGUUUACACAAUGAUGACUCUCCAAAGUCGACAUUACAUAUUCAUAUCUUAACAAAAAAAUAUCCUCUCCAUGUUAUUCAAUUAGGUCAGGUGCUUUUUCCACCACCUCAGUGAUCUACCUUUCCUAAUUUGAAUCUCACCCACUCUAUGGGCCUCCCUUCUGUGGUUUUUCUAGCAGUUAUAAGUUUUUGUCAAAAUUUCAGUUAAACAAUUGGUAAGAGGUUCAAUUAGAGUCUUAAUUGAUGAUACAAUUGGUGUAGUUGAUAGAGUAGGCUGGUGUUUAAUUUUGCCACACUCCCACUAUGAAAAUGAUCAUAAACUAGUUGGCAAAGACUUCCUUCUUAUUUAUGUACAAAUAUGGGAUACUUCCAUACCAUCUCAAGAACUUAUGGUCAGUUAGCAGUUAAAAAUUUGGUCUAAAAUCAAACUGAAAAUGGAAAAAUAUAUAACAGAAGAUGCUUCCUGUUACAGUGUCGAAAAAAGAACAUUUUUCCCACUUUUCUUUAGAAUAAUAUCAAGUGUUUAGAAAAAAUACUCAUAAGCCAGGAACAAAUAAAUUAGUACAUAAGCUUUCUGAUAAUAAAAUUGUUUGUAAUCAAAAAACAAUAUUCAAACUUGAAAAUGAUCUUUCGGAAUUGAAAAACCAAAUAAUUGAUACAACGAAUGAAUUAAUUUUUGAAAAUUUUUCUAGCAGACAACAAAUUAUUUAUAAUAAAUAAUUCUAUUGAAUUAAAAACAAACAAAAGAAUGAACUUAAUCUUCAUAUCAACAAAAAAAUUGAUACAGAUUUUAUCUACUUAUGGUUCGUGAUUCUUUGUUUGGUUGAUAGAGAUAUCUCCCAUCCUAAAUUUAGAAGCAUAGAUAUUGAUAAAGUACAAACUGCAUUAAGAGAAAAUAAUUAUCUUAAUACAUAAUGAUAAUCUCGUGGAAAAUGCAAAUUUAUAAUAAUUUUGUUUCAGGAUUUGGAUUUGGCGACAACAGUUUCCACAUGUCAUUUGGCAUAGGAGCUUUUCCCUUUGCUUUCUUCACAUCUGCUUUUAAUAUUGGUGAACUUCGAACAGUAGGUCCACAUGGUACUCAACAACACAUGGAAGAACAAUUCUUAUCAAAGAUAUUUUUAUGGUUAGCCAUACUAUUCUUGACCUGGUUAUUGAUGGCUUAGAUGACAUUAAAAAAACUCAUUUUUCAAGUGUCUCAUAAAAUAAGUGUACCUAUUUUCAGUACACUCAAUACAGUUCUUAUAAUUACAUUUUAGAACGUUUAUAUUUAUAAUCAUUUGUUGUAUUUUACUGGGAUGGUAUAAAAAUUGGGUAAUGGCUGUUGUUAAUACUCUAAUUUGGUCAAGUGAGAUGUAUAUAUAAUAAUUGAACUAUAGUGUGUUAUGUGAUUAUAAUAUUUGUUCUAGUACUUUUUUCGUGUAGAAAUGAGGAUAAAAAAUACAAAACCGCAAAUUAGAUAAAUGUUAA